UAAUGGCAGGAGAAGGCAAAACAACACUACUGAAAGCACCCUCAAGUUUGAAGGCAGAUGUGUGGCUUUAUUUUGGAUUUAAACCCAGUGAAAGCAACAUAGAGGAGCUGGACAAAACCAAAGCGGUCUGCAAACUCUGCGACAUCGAGGUAAAAUAUUGUGGAAAUACCACCAACCUCAGAAACCAUUUAACGAGGCAUCACCCUACGACGCAGCCGAACGCAAGCGACCAAAAGCAAACCAAGCUAGAAAACGCGUUUGUGUGCAAGUUGUCUUCAAGCUCGUCGCGGGCCCAGAAAAUAACUGAAGCGAUCGCAGUGUUUAUAUGUAAAGACUUAAGACCAUUUAGCGUGGUUGAAAAUGACGGCUUCCAAAGCCUCGUUAAAUUACUUGAGCCACGCUACGUGUUGCCAACACGCAAACAUUUAAGCGAGGUGGCCAUAUCUAAGCUCUAUGAAGAGGUGAAAAAUGGCGUUGCAACUUCGCUGAAGUUGGCGACAAGAGUUGCCCUAACUUGUGACAGCUGGACAUCGAGAGCCACAGAUUCAUAUCUGACAAUAACAUGCCACUAUAUAGAUAUGGAGUGGCUACUGUUGUCUCAUGUUUUACAAACCAGGAAGAUUCAAACGAGUCACACGGCAAAAAAUCUGUCAGACCUUCUGUCUGAUGCUUUACAGGAGUGGGAACUAACGGACAAAGACCCUGUCAUCGUGACAGACAACGCUGCAAACAUAGUCCGAGCUGUGGAGUUAACGUCUCUGUUGCACGUCGGGUGUUUUGCUCACACCCUAAACCUGGCUUCACAAGCAGCUCUCAAGAUCCCAGCUGUUGCACGCCUGCUCGGGAGAGUAAGGUACAUCGUGUCAUUCUUUCAUCGUAGUGCUAUGGCUAACCUCAAACUAAAAGAAAAGCAACGGAUGCUAAAUCUGCCUGCACAUAAGCUGGUUAUUGAUGUGGUGACUCGGUGGAAUAGCGCAAUGGAUAUGUUGGAGCGCUUCCUGGAGCAACAGCCAGCCAUCUCAGCAGCUCUUCUAUCACCUGAAGUUCGCAGGAAAGAGAGUGAUCUUUGCACAUUGACUGAGGCAGACAUAACAACGGCAGAAGAUGUGAUGAAGGCUCUUCAGCCCCUGAAAGCAGCCACACUGGUUAUGUCUGAGGAGAAGACCCCCACUCUGUCAGUUGUGGCACCCCUGCAUGCACAGCUGCUGCUGGAGAUGAGUGGUGCAGCCCAUGACACAGCUGUCAUCAAAGACCUUAAGGCUGCUGUAUACAACAACUUGAACUCAAGGUAUUUGACCCUGAAGGACAAGCUGUAUGUGGCAUCAGCCUUAGAUCCUCGCUUCAAGACUCUGCCCUUCUUGUCCAGAGAGGCCCGUGAUAACACCUUUUCUCGCCUGGUGACUGAAGCUGCAGGUCCUGAGCAAGUGGACACAUCUAACCAAGCUGGUGGUGGUGCAAAGGAGAAAUGCAUCCCUCCUGGUCCUGUUAAGGAUGCCACCCCUCCUUCACCAAAGAGAUUAAGGGAAUCAGCCUUGGUGACUCUCCUUGGAUCUGCCUAUGCAUCUAAACCUGCAACAUCACAGAAGACUCCAGCUGAAGAGGCACAGGAAGAAGUGAACAGAUAUAGGGAGGUAAAACCGAUCCUGCUCUCUGACAACCCACUGACCUGGUGGAAAGCACAUGCAGGGGAGUAUCCCCUUUUGGCUUGUCUAGCAAGGAGGUAUCUCUGUGUACCUGGGACUAGUGUCUCCUCAGAGCGUGUUUUUUCAACAGCUGGGGACAUUGUAACAGCACAAAGGAGCUGCCUCACUCCACAACAUGUAGACCAGUUACUUUUCUUGCAGAAAAAUCUUGCAGUUGUGAACAAAUAAGAAUGCAAUCAUAAAGGUCUUCAGUUUCAUAACCUAUACAGUUUAAGUUAGCUAUAGUUGUUAUAUAAUACCAUCUCAGAGACUGAAAAAAACUUAUGUUCUUUGUUUUGCACAAUUUUAAAUCAAGUUUGGAGCCUUUACAAUUCUGAUCUGUUUGGGUCCAUUCUCAAGUUAUUUGAGACAGAUAUGACUGUCGGUCUUUGUAAAUUUACUAGACAGCAGAAAAACUGUGUAAAAUGAAAAGGUUGUGCAUGUUCUUCCUACGGCAUAAGUGAUGUUCACUUGUUGUUUUUAGACACUAUGUUCACUAGCUGUCUAGACAUGAUUCAGUUUAAGUUCUCACUUUAUUUUUCACACAUCUUUUUGCUGUUCUUUUAAAAAGAACCUGUCCAGGAAUAAGGAUGUUUUUUUCAGAAAUGCUAAUAUGUUUACAAUAAGUAACAUGCACAGCCAAUGCACAUGUAAUACAAUUGCAGUUAAGGUGUACAGUUUGCUCACCUAAUUUAAUUUGGUCAUUGUUGUUGACUAAAAAGUUUGUGUAAGGGUAAACCCAAUUUGUGGCUAUACCCAGUCCUGUUACAGUAACACUCUGUUGUGUUAAACAUUUAAUGUAUUCUUUUCACAAAUAAAUGGUAGU